AUGUUUCUCUCUGCCCGUGCGCCUUUUCUCUCCCGUACGCUCGUCCCCUCUGUGCUCCUCUCCUCCCUUGCGCUUUUUCUCUUUUCCCUCGCUGCUCAUCUCUUCACGUGCGCCUACAGUCACACUCCUUUUUGCUCCUCUUGGCCGGCGCGCCUUCUUGCUCUUUCCCCCAUGUUUCUCUCCUCUCUUGUGCGCAAACACUUGCAUCCCCCUCUACUCCUCUUCUCACGUGCGCGUUCUCUCUCGUUCUCCUCUUGUUCACUCCUCACGUGCGCGAUCUCUCUCACUCCCCUCUGGUUCACUCCUCCCGCGCGCCUUCGCUCUCUAGUACGCUCGUCCUCUCUCCUGGUGCUCUGUUCUUGUGCUCAUCUUCACUGUUUCACCCGUCUCCUCUCCUCCCAUGCUCUAUGUCUUACGGCUUGCUUUGCAGAUGUCGUUCCUCUGCCCAAGAUGCCGCCUUUGUUCCUUCGAGACACGCUCAGGGCUGGGUCGUCACAUGCAGAGCAUGCUUGCUCUGCCAACCUCAUUAGUAGCAGCGACCAGCUCCAGGCUCCGAAGCGUGCAAGAGCGAGCUACAUACCUCCUAACCCCAUUCCCCGUGCAGUACUCCGGCUGGAGCCUGUUCAGCCCUUUGUAGGGUCGAGUGCGGCUGCCGAUGUGUGUAAUGAUGCACCUGACAUGCCAUGUGAUCAUGAUACACACUUUACUAGUGAUACUAGCUCGUCCACUGACUCAGUAGAUAGUGUGCUGCCUUUUGAACAAGAGGACGAUGCGACUAGUAAUGCAGGGGCCUCAUGUGCUAUUGAAGAGGAUGGUGCAGCAGCUCAAGUAGGUACCUCAUCGGCGGCGGAGGAAGAGCCACCCAGGGCGGAGGAUCCGGACGGAGUUGUGGCUGCUUUGAUCCUUGCGAGCGAUGAAACGCAUAUGGAUCAUAGAGGGAAGGCGAAAGGGCAUCCCGUGUAUCUCACACUGGGAAACAUUGAUAAGGACGACAGGUGGCAACCCUAUGGCCAAGUGCUUCUGGCGCUUCUCCCAGAGUUUCCUGUCGAGUACAACGUGGUGGACAAGAUGCAAGUACACAACUACAUCAUGAGAGAGGUGAUGCAGUCUCUCAAGACGGCUUCCUACACCGGCAUUGCAAUGAAGAACGCAGCUGGGGAGAGCAUCAACGUGUGGCCCCAUUUGAUUCUGAACCCGUACCUGGCGGUGCUGCCCGAUGUGAUGCACCAAGCGGAUUUGGGCAUUUUUGAGCACAUUGUAGACUUCAUUAGAGUGCAUGUGAAGCUGCUGGCAGAUAGGAAGAAACUAGACAGAAUUCUUAGGUACUACAAGAAGAACAUAAGGGGGGGGAACAUGCGGUUGCCCACAGGCCAGUACUUCGAAAAGGGGGCAAACUACCAGGCCUACGAGCACCGUUCUGUCAUGCAGAUACUUCCUUUCAUUGUGACGGGAUUUAUCACCCAGGAGCAGAUGGACGCACUCGUCUCGUACAUCGAGUGGUAUCUCGAGUGCGCGCGGACAUCGGAGCACACUGAGACCACUCUCAUUGAGUUCAAGACGAAGGCACACAGGUCCGUCAAUAGCCAGAUCGUGGGCAGCGAGGAAGCGCGUCUUCGUCUCCAAUUCAUCGCUCCACAGCUCGAGAAGAAGAAGUAUGACACUACCAUGGUGAAGCUCGACGAUGAUGUUCUUACGCAGGAGAUCAAGAGGCAAAAACUGCUAGCUAAGGAGGCUGCAAGCAAGAAAGGAGCUGUCAACACCUUGCACGGUGUUCAGGAAGCUUCUCAGGCAGCGCCUCCAGUCCGUCGGGGAGGCCGGCAGAGCAAACGUGGCGGAGCAGGGCGCGGUCGUGCUAACUCUUCGAAUGGCAAAACUCCCGCUGGCGCGACCUCCGCUGCCCUUGAUUCCAUCGGCGAACCCUUCUCUGCCCAUACUAGAGUCGCGCUCUCGCCUACACUGGCUCUCGCAUCUGAGGAUCUCAAUAACGCCGCUGGUGGCGUUGCCUGCAGUGCACCUGAAGCCGCUCCUCUCGCUGGGGGCGUAGGCUGCAGUGCACGUGAGGCUUCUCCUCUCGCUGGCGGCGUCGGCUGCAGUGCACGUGAGGCCGCUCCUCUCGCUGGCGGCGGAGGCUGCAGUGCUCGUGAGGCCACUCCUCUCGCUGGCGGCGUAGGCUGGAGUGCUCGUGAGGCCGCUCCUCUCGCUGGCGGCAUAGUCUGCAGUGCACCUGAGGCCGCUACCCGAGCUCUCCCUGCACCCGCCUCUGCUGCCGGGGUGUACGCUCCGGGUCCGAUGAUGUCAGCAGUCAUGGAGGCCGCUGAGGAGGGAGGCGCGAUUCCGUUCGGCGAUUUCGGCAUUGAGGCUUGUAGCGAUGACGAUGAACUCAACGACGACGAUGCGGAUGAUGCUGUCGGUGCUCAAGCGGGAACUGAUUCAGAGUUGCACGAAGCGGAGGUUCGCGUAGCGGAGUUGUGCGCAUCGGAGAUGCGUGCAGCAGAGCUUCGCGCCGCGGAGCUUGGCGCAUCGGAGGUGUGCGCAGCAGAGGCGCGGGCAGCGGAGUUGCGCUCAGCGGAGUUGCGCGCAGCGGAGGUUCGCCAGACGGAUAAGGCGACACCCACGUCGCAUCAGAAUGAAACGGCAGCACCCGCAAGGCGUGAACGGUCGCAAGUUGCUGGUGCGCACCAUUUCAGGGAAGCACGACAACUGGAGGCGCAACUACGUGACCUGCAGAACACGGUGUUUGUGCUUUAA